AUGACUCUACUACAAUCGCUUCUCCAUCUCACCAACUUCAAAAAUCCCUUGCUACGGACUUUGGUUCCCUCAGUCUCCGCCGCAUACGCGAUCCAAUUUGCUUUCGCGAUCCCCUCCAUUGUCGCACAGAAUGAACGCUUUUAUGACUUUUCCGGCUCCCUGACGUUUCUGUCCGUAACUGCUCUCAGCCUGUAUCUGCCCUCGUUGCGCACCACAUUCUCGUCUACGGCAGCCAACGUGUCUACUCCGUUGCCGAGUCUUUUCGCUCCGUUCACCAACCCUGGUAGACUCGGAGCUCUGAACUGGCGACAGGUUGCUCUGAGUGGUGCCGUCGUGUUUUGGGCUGUACGACUGGGAUCAUACCUAUUCCAACGUAUCCUGCAAGACGGCCACGACUCUCGCUUCGAUGAAAUCAAGAAAUCUCCCGCAAAAUUUGCGGGUGCUUUCUUUGCUCAAGCCACCUGGGUCUCCUUGUGCCUACUCCCUGUGAUAGCUCUCAACUCCGUUCCCGCAGCUUCGUUCGCUGCGUUGCCACCCGUCAAGAUAUCUGACAUCGUCGGCAUUCUCGUCUACGUUGCCGGGUUCGCGUUCGAAAUCACAGCUGAUUGGCAGAAGAGCAAGUGGAUGCGAGAAAAGAGGGAAAAGCUUCAUGACGAGCAGUUCAUGACCCGCGGCCUUUGGACUGUCAGCCAAUAUCCGAAUUAUUUUGGAGAAAUUUCUCUCUGGACUGGCAUUGCAACUGCCGCCGCCGGGAUUAUCGUAUCAAAGCCUGUCCAAGCCAGUCUAGGUCUUUACGGCGGCAUUGCUGGGCCUCUACUAGCAACUGCAAUGUCGUUUGCAAGUCCAGCAUUCGUCGCCCUGCUCCUGACAAAGGUUUCGGGCAUCCCCCUGAGCGAGAAGAAAUACGACAAGCGUUAUGGAGACCGCAAGGACUACCAGGAAUGGAAGAAGAACACUCCGAAGCUGAUUCCCAAGGUAUUCUAG